AUGAAGUUCACCGCCGUCGCCAUCACUGCUCUCGCCUCCGUCGCUGCCGCGUCUCCUCUCGACGUUGCUACCAGUGGCUGCAAGCCCGGUACCUACUCCUGCACUCCCGACAAGACUGGCUGGCAGGUCUGCGAUGUCACCAGCAAGUGGGUGGCUGCUGGAGUUUGCCCUCCCAAGACCGGCUGUGUCUUCUACAAGAAGAGCGCCAGCCCCUACUGUGUCCCUCCCGGCUUCAAGUUCCCCCAGUAA